UUGUGCGGUAAGGCUGCUGGAGUGUGCAAGUGCUUGUGACCUCUUCUUUUACUGCGGGCGUUACAGUGGUUUUUACGGUUGCGUUGAAGUCGUGAUGUCUUCCCCCAGAUGAUAAAAGGCUCAUGAGUGUCGCUCAAUGGUGAUUCAAUGGCAAGACGAUCAGAGAGCCCUCAACAGGAAUAGUCAAGUCAAAUCGCCACCUGGAAGAGCGAGAGGUUCGUUUUUACUGCGAGCGGAGGAUCUUUCGAAAGUGUCCGACGGGGGAAGAUGAAUAUAAAACAGGAGUCCUCCUCGAUCACGAAGGCCAAAAACUACACCGACCUCACCAAUGUUCCUUCUUCGGUCGAAGCGGAAGAUUAUAAGCCCCUUCCACUCGCGCCUCAGACCCAGCUCUUCGGAGCCGGGCUGGACGACGGCCUCUUGAGCCGCGCCGAGGCCCUCGCAGCCGUCGAUAUCUCGAAGCAUGGCCACGGACAGCCCCCGGGAACGCUGCCUCAACUCAAGCACGACAUGAUGUACCACCCUGGAAUGGCCACGACACCUCACACGCCGCCGAUCUCCAGGACCAACCAGUUUUACAAAAAGUAUGACAUGGGUCACCACAGCAUGGACGGGCUAGAGAUGAUGGACCCCAUCUCCUCGUCCUCCAUGACCACCCUCACCCCCAUGAGCGAUGGGAGCUCCAUGCACCAGCUCCAUGGAGCCGUCUAUACCCACAGCCCCAUGAACACCAUGAUGCCCCACCAUGGCCUCACCCAUCCACACAUGCCCCUAACUAUGCAUGACACAGACACGGACCCCCGGGAACUGGAAGCCUUCGCCGAGCGCUUCAAACAAAGGCGCAUCAAACUUGGUGUCACGCAGGCGGACGUCGGGAAGGCGUUGGCCAACCUCAAGUUGCCCGGCGUAGGGGCGCUCUCACAGUCCACCAUCUGCAGAUUCGAGUCUCUGACCUUGUCGCACAACAACAUGAUCGCGCUGAAGCCGGUGCUGCAGGCCUGGUUGGAGGAAGCCGAAGCCCAAGCCAAGAACAAGCGACGAGAUCCGGACGCCCCCUCAGUCCUCCCUAUGGGCGAGGUAGAUGAUAAGCGCAAGAGGACGUCCAUAGCGGCCCCUGAGAAGCGGUCCCUGGAGGCUUACUUCGCGGUGCAGCCGCGGCCGUCUGGGGAGAAGAUCGCGGCCAUCGCGGAGAAGCUGGACCUGAAGAAGAACGUGGUCCGGGUGUGGUUCUGCAACCAGCGGCAGAAGCAGAAGAGGAUGAAGUUCGCCGCCAGCCAGAAGCAGAUGGGCGCCGGCAACGUGCACACCUCCAUGAGCUCCAUGAUGACCUCACCCAUGCCGCCCCACACGCCCGUUCCGUAG